AUGGUCGAAUUACUACUCGAUUCAGCUAUUCGAUUUUGGGUAUUUAUGCCAAUUGUUGUCAUUACAUUUUUUGUUGGUAUGCUACGACAUUAUAUUUCAAUAAUAACAGCUGGCGAAAAACCUAUUGACAAGCAACAAUUAGCUGAUAGUCAAGCACUUAUUCGAACAAGAAUCUUACGUGAAAAUGGAAAAUAUAUUCCAAAAGAGGGUUUUGUUAUGCGAAAACAUUUUUUUGUUAAUGAAGAAAAUGGUUAUCUUACUAAACAACAAGGUCGACAACAACCUAUACGAAAUCCAAUUACUGGUAAUAAUAGAAAUUAUAAAAUUAUCAAUAAAAUUAAUAUUUUAGAUCCAACAAUGAUGACUGAAAUGCUUAAAAAUAAUAUAUCAAAUAUGGUUCCUAUGAUUGUCAUCGGUGGUGUUAUCAAUUGGGCAUUUAGUGGUUUUCUUUGUACUAAAGUGCCUUUUCCAUUAACAUAUCGUUUUAAACCAAUGUUACAACGUGGUGUUGAAUUGGCAACACUCGAUGCUAGUUGGUUAUCAUCUGUUUCUUGGUAUGCUAUCAAUAUCUUUGGUCAACGUGGUAUCAAUAAUUUACUUCUUGGAGAAAAUAAUGCAGCUGAUCAAACAAAAAUGAUGCAAGAUCAAAUGAAUAUGGCCGCUGUAUCAAUGCCACAAGAUUCAUCAAAAGCAUUUAAAGCAGAACGAGAAGGUUUACUUGUGGUUGAUCAUCAAUGGGCUUUUAGAAAUGUUGAAAAUGACGUCAUAUCUCAAAGAUCAUAUUUUCGUUCGCGCUAG